AUAAUCCAUAAUAAGCAUUUCAGAAUAGUUCAAUAGGUAUUUGGGAGACAAUGUUGUCAUUCUGUCCGUACUGUGCGAAUAUGUUGUUGAUUGGUCUGGGUGACGAUGGCUGUAACAGAUUUUAUUGUCCUACUUGUCCCUACGAGUUUAAAAUUAAUGGAGUUCUGAUGUACGAUAGAAAGAAAUUGGCUAGAAAAGAGGUUGAUGAUGUAUUGGGAGGUGAAGGAGCAUGGGAGAAUGUUGAUCAAACCGCAGCACAAUGUCCUAUUGACUCUUGUGGUAAUAAUAAAGCAUACUUUUUCCAAUUACAAAUUAGGUCUGCGGAUGAACCAAUGACCACCUUUUAUAAGUGUGUUAAGUGCUCUCAUCAAUGGAGAGAGAAUUAAAUACCAUUUUGCAUUCAAGAUCUGGGUUUCCUAUUGGUUUGGUGGUUCCCUAUUGGUUUUACUGUACUAUAGCUUUAAAAAAAAU